CCGGAAGUAAAACUUUUCAAGUCGAACAUUUUCGAGUGACACUUUGAAGGCGAUUUCUGGGUGAUUUAUGCCAUAACAUUCAAAAUCUAGGUAGUACAAUGACUCCCAAGCGUAAGAAGCAGUGUACUUACUUCACAAUUGGAAUAUUCUUUCUACUAGGAGGGAUAGAAUAUGCGGUGAUUUUACCUACAAUAUGGCUGUACUUACACAACCAGUUUCAUGCAGAACAAUAUUUCCUUGGAAUUGUACUCUCAGCAUUCAGCUUCUCUGGUCUCUUUGCUGGGCCUAUCAUGGGCAGAUGGUCUGAUGUUGCCAAAAAUACAAAAUGGAUCCUUAUAUUUGCAAACAUGUUUGAAAUCGGGGGAAACAUCAUGUAUUUCAUGGGAUAUUCCAUGUGGUUCAUCCUAGCAGCAAGGCUUAUUGCAGGUAUAGGAACAGGUGUAGGAGCUGCUAUAUUAGCUGAUAUAGCCAGAGUUACUACCCCAGAUGAGAGGACUGGGGUGCUAUCUAUGUUCAUGGGUAUCAGGCAAAUUGCUUUACUCUUUGGCCCAGGGUUUAACUUAUUUCUGAGAGAGUUUGAUUUCAAGAUUGGUCCAUUUGAGAUUAACAAGUACACAUCACCAGGUUUGUUCAUGGCAGGUCUAUGGACUAUACUCAACAUCUUGAUACUUUUCUUGUAUCAUGAACUGCCUCCCUUGAAAGAUGCCCUUACCAAGACAGAGCACACAGAGGACACAACCACUAACACUGCUCACACAGACACAGUUGGUAGUACUAUACCUCGUGAAAUUUCUAUGCAAACUAAUGAUCUCAAUGAUACAGUGACAAACCAUGUUGGAUUCUCACCCUCUGACGUCAUGAUUGAAUCUGCAGAGAAUUUAAUGAACAAAACAAAAAGUACACAUGAUGGAAAUGAUAAAAAUCCAAACUCUAAUCCAAAUGAAAGAAUUGCAAAUGGGAUAAUGUCACAUACUACAGAUGGUGCAACAGAUAUAUCAAUCAAUGCAGCAAAUAACUCAAACAAUGCAGAAAGUGUCUCAAAUAAUAUAGCAGCUGACUCAAAUAAUGUAAACUUGAGGACUAACUCAGGGAACUAUGGGAGUAUAGACAAUUGUGAUAGCUUAGACAAUAGUAGCCAAUAUCACCAACAGAGGGAAUCUGGGCCUAAUGAAGAGAUGACUAAGUCAAGCAGUUUACCAUGGAGAUUUUACUAUGAUGAGUUUAUACGAGAGGAGAUUGUAGUUGUUCUUGCUAUUGUGUUUGUUGGCUUCUUCAACCAGGUGGCAAUGGAGACAAUCCUAACACCUCUGACACAGUCUUUGUUGAACUGGGGAGAACUGGAGAACAGCUUGCUCUAUUGCUGUGCAGGAGUUGAGAUUCUAUUUACAUUCCUUCUGGUUAGGUUUAUGAGUAAACGUCUAUCUGACAGGACCAUGCUCAUCUUUGGCUUUGCUCUACAGAUGGGGGCUGUUAUAUUCCUCUUGUACUUCCUCCCUACAGCAGAACCAGGGAACCUAUCCAAGAAUCUGCCUAUAGUGCUAGUGGGCUUAGCUGCAGAUGUCUUUGGACUGCCCUUCCUGAUUGUGUGUAGUACUUCUCUCUAUUCCAAGAUCACACAAGCUGAAACACAGGGAUUUAGCCAAGGUCUGAGGCGUAGUGUAGGGGGCAUAGCUACCAUCAUGGGUCCACUAUGGGCAGGGGCACUGUUAAAGCACCUCUACUUGAUGUUUGGUGUGAUGCUUGGGCUCAUGGUUCUCAUACUGGGUAUGAUGGUGUUAUCUUACAAGACUCUGGAUGAGAAUAGGAAUUCAGACUCUAAUAAACUGUCUAUCAACUAUGACAACAAUUCCACUGAAGAACAAAAACCAUUACUGAACAACGAAGAUAUCAGUGCAGUAAAUGCUUAGAUACUUUUAUCUAGUAACUAGUCAACAUGAACGUGUCUGUGUUUUUAAAAUUGUUGAUCAAAUAUUGAAUUUAUUAAAUGUUAAAGUAUUAUAAUUAUUAUAUUAUAUUUCAUUCAUACAACAUUUGCAUUUACACUUUCAAAUGUUGUUUUGUGAUAUGCAAAAUGUAGGACUAAGCCUCGGACACUGGCUUAAAUAUGUAAUAUGAUGUACAUGAACAAAGAUCUAUGCAAGAAUAAUGCAAAUGUUCAAUCUAGAUAUGGUGAAUGGUUACUAUGUGGAUAUACAGGGUGGGACAAAAUUAUCCAUAUUUUUACAAAAUAUUGUUAAUUGGAUACAGGAUUCACUUCUGCAAAUAUUUCUAAAAUGGUUUAAAUAAAUCUCUAGGGUUCCCUGGAUAAGAAAGGUUACAGAAACUAGGGGUCUGAAAAUGGAUACACAGUUUUUAAGAUAAUGUUUUAAGUAGCUGUUCUAUAACUAAAAAGUAAUAUCAAGAUAAAAUAUGGAUUUUUUGGCCACCCUGUAGUAAAGUACACUGUGUUUAAUUGGGAUUUGCUGAUCUUUGUCUUACCUCUCAAUCAGUCCAAGCAAUAUGCAACAAACAACAUGACAUUAGCAAUCACCGAAUAAAACAGUCAGUGAGGUAAUAAUAACAUUAUAGAGUAAUACAAGAAAAUAGAUACUGUAGUACUAAUUAAGGAAAUACAUGUAACUGUAUGUAAAUCAAAGUUCUUCUCAUCGAAGAAAAAUUGUGCUCAAAAUUCAAAUAUGUCAUCAGAUCAAAGAAAACUUAAAUCCUUAAUGAUGAAAUAUGCAAAUCUCUCAAAAGUCUUUUGCCUAGGCUUAUGCCUCUGUAACACAUUUCAAGUUAGACUUUUAUUUUCAUUGUUAUUUAUUUCUAAAUACAUGUGGAUUUAAUAGGUGUUAUAUUUAAUCAAGUUUACAAAUACAUGUACAUGUGCAAUUGUGCAUAAUUAUAUCAAUU